UUGGUGAUGUCAUCAAACCCUCCGGUAUCUCAUAGCCAAAGUGUCCUUCCCUUGUUUAUGGGUAAAGGCAAAAAUGUCACAUUUGUUCUGGACACCUGUGAAGGAACGAAUGCCUUUAUGGGGCCGGUGAAGAAUCUUAUCAUCCAAACCCUUGUUACUAAAGCUUCACUCAGAGACUCACUCUUCAACAUUAUCAGCUUUUCAUACAAGGCAACACCAUGGUCUUCUCAUAUGUUACCCUGUACCCCUGAUAUUGUUUAUCAAGCACUGAGCUGGAUUCACACACUACAGACCAGUCCUGGCAGAGACCUCCAGACAGCAUUGGCUUUAGCCUUCUCUGAUCAUGCCUGUCAAACAGUCCAUUUAGUGACCAGUGGUCUCCCAGACAACCCCACACAAUGCCUGGGUUCAUUAUCAUCCCCGGUGACCCGCCCAGUGUUAACUUUUUAUAUAUCUGACAGUCCCAUGAAUAGUGACAUUUCAGACUUCUUACAGUGCCUCACUUCCACCACUAGAGGAAGCUCUUACAACAUUUCUGUGAACUCUGAGGGUGGUUUGAACCAGGUCAGUUUGUUGCAUUCAACGGAUCACCAGAUUCAAAAGCCAUCAUAUGUAGAGGACAGGUGGCAUUCAACGGUGGAAUUCAAUCAGGUCCCAUACUACAGCUGUACUAGUUGUGUAUGUUCUGCACCAUACUGGUGUUCUUCUAGAAAUCCAUUUAGCACGGUAUCAUGUAUUUCUGCAAGGGUGAUGAGAGGUGCUGAGAUUUAUCCUGGCUGUCGUGUUUUAGCUAGAAGAGAGAAAGAUGGUUUUUACUAUCUGGGGACAGUCGUACAUCAGGGCAGAGGAAGUGUUUAUAUGGUGGAGUUUGAUAAGAUCACAGGACCUGAAGGAAAUGCCUUUAUGGAAACAAUAAAUGCAGUUCAGCCAACUUACAAGCCUGAUAUGGUGAGCCUAAAUAUUGCAUAUGGGCACAGUAUAACACCAGGAGACACCGUUCUUGCACCAUGGGAGCAUGACUUGAAAAGAUAUGGGCCAGGAAGAGUCAUCUCUGGAAUAGAGCUGAGAGACUCAAUAAAAGGUGAUGAAGUUAAUCUUGGACUUCAAGUUCUCCUUUGGAAUGGGAUCACAGUGCACAUCCCCAAAGAUCUUGCAGUAUGGAUUCCAGCUUCUCAUUAUGAGCAAGUGAUUAAAGACCUUCAGCAUUAUUCAGCCAGACCAUGCUGCUGUAGGGUCUCACAAUGCUGCACCAUGAAUUGUUCUGGAUUUCCAUGUCAACAGUCCAUCCAUCACAGUCUGUCUUCCAUUCCACCCUGCAAAUGUUCAGUUAGGAGAUGCUGGCCGAUGUUAAUGUCACCUCCAUUACUGAACAACCAAAGGAGAGAUGACUUGGAAAGCAAAAUAGAUCUCCAAUUGAAAGAACUACACAGCUCUCAAAAGACACAAGUACUUUCAUCUUCCUCAUCAUCAACCUCAGAAGACUUUACAGCUGAAGAACAAAGGCCUAGGUCAGAAAUGGUGAGCCGCUCAAUAAACACAGAGAUUUCGUGUCUGAAAAAGCCUUACAGUCAGCUUGAGACCAAACCGGCCUGGAGAUACUGGAAAAGGGGAUCUCCAGAACCACAGCACAAGCUACCAGGAAGAAGAGCCAGGUCUGCUAAUGUAAACUAUUCCUGGCCUGGAGACAGUGGGUAUUCUGGAUGCUCUACAGAUGACCGUUAUGAGACCAAUCACAGCUCUUUAUUUAAGCUGGUUUCUGAUUCACCAAAACAAGGUGCUUCUGUCAGGGAAAUAUUUAGAUCAACUGAACCAAAGCCGUUUUCUAAAGCUGCAUCUCCAAUAGUUCUGGCAAUGACCAAAAGGCAAACAAAAGUGAUGCUAUAGUUCACCAACCC